AUGCUAAAGAUUGAGUCUUGGAGGUUGAAAGAGAUCCGGUUUGUGGAACGAAGUGAAGAUUUCGGUGUCGGGUUAGGGUUUUCGGGCUUGCGGAGGAGAAGUGAGGGUGCUAUCAGAUUUUUUCGAGAAAACAUAUUAUCAGUUGGGUCCCUAAGGAGCCACGACCCUAGGCGAUCACAGGACCCUCAACCUCGAGGCGGUGACUGA